GUCCACGUCGCGCCGCCAGAUCGACUACGGUGCCAGCGUCCUCCGCAAACCGGCCAGCCUGGCGCGGCCCCGGCACACCAGUCGACGGGACCCGGAGCCAGGCACCUACUACGACAAGUUGAACCAAUUGGUCCCUGACCAACGGUCCAGCCUUCGAACAAGUGGCCAGUUCCUGUCGGAGGUCUUCACUCACCGAGUGCCGCACAAGCCGCAGGUGCUCAGGACUGAAGUGCCAAGCCGUUUGCGCUUCAGUAGCACCUACUGCCCUCCGCGCACCAAACCCCUCCAUUCGAAGCCAGGUGUUCAAGGGCAAGAAAUUGGAACAGAUGCAGUUCGACCAAUGUGGACCGCUUCCAGCCCCCCUGUUUCAAGUCGUGAUUCAGCAUACAAUGGCGGAAUAUCUUCUGGGGGAGAAAGCAGAGGCCCCACACCUGACCAAGCAGGAGUCAAAAAACAUUCUAAAAGGUCUGAAAAAAAAGGAAAGAAGAAAGCUGAUCCAAAACGACCAUAUUCAGCUGACACAAAAAUUCGUAGAAAAGUUGAAAAUAAGUUUAUGAAGAAACUUUUAGAAGAUGAACGAAAUGAAUUGCAUGAGCAAAGACUACGUGUUGAUCCUUGGCAUGGAAUAAACCAAGAUGAUCAUGGUGAUGCGAUUUUACGGAAUAUUGAUGAUUUGCACAUUGAAGACCAUGUAGAUGACAGCUUAACAGAACAUGACAGCACUGCAAACACAGACAGUGUGUCUGGUCAGUCAAUUGAAGAGGACAUGGUAGAAGAAGUGGAUGAAUCUGUCGAAGUAGAGAGUACUAAGGAAGCCAAUGGGGAGGACUCUGUAAUAACGGACAAAAGUUCUGCAAGUGUUGCUGGUACCGAAGGAUCUGUACCCAGUCAAUCUCUUGCCAAGUCUUCGCCUUCUCCCAACAUGCAACAAACUUCCACCCAAACGGAUCCUCCUGCUCAAAAUAAUGACCCAAAAGUGUUGUCCUCUGGAUCCCAAUAUCCUUCUCCCACUCAUUCUGGAUCUAUUUCAACCAAGCAGUCUAUGUCACGGAGCUCUACCAGUGGGUCAUCAAAUAAAUCCUUAUCGACUGAAAAAAAUAGGGAGACAAAGAAACCCCAACUAGAAAGUAAAGUUAUUAAGGAAGUGUCUGCCUCUCUCUCUUCUGCUAAAGAAAGCAACUCAAAAAAAGAUGAGAAGCUGGAAAAUAAUCAAUACUUAGUCAAUAACAGGCAGAAUGAUAUGUCAUAUGCACGACUGGUGAACAUGAUAACCAAAGAUGUGCUGGAAAGGCGGGUUGUGACCUAUAAAGCACUUAAAGCAAUAUGUGAUGAGCAUAUUGAAGCCAACUGUGAUAAAUUAGACAAGGAAAGAAUGCAACAAGAAGUGGACAAGCUGCAAAUUCAGUUAGAAAUUCCAAGAGAUGAUCAUGUAGAUUGUCUGAACUAUGUUGCUGACCUUCCUAAAAGGGAAAAAAUACCAUUCACAUCAAAGUUCAUUCCUUCACUUGUUGAUGUGGACAGAUUUGCACUUUUAAGUGGACCACCUCCUAUGGCAGAAGACUCACCUUUCAGGUCAACUGGAUUGCAUUCACAGAAAUUGAUUGGCGCUCUUGAUUCUUGGAAAAAGCCCCUCUUUGUGAAUGCUGAAGAUUCACCGUUACAACAUGAGAAUUUAAAGCUAGAUAGAGUGAAAGAAAAUACAUUUUUCUCUGCAGAUCCUACAAAAACAACUUCAUCACCCUCACUCAUUGACCCAGUAGAAACUGUGAAUGACGUGAGCCCACCCAUGCAGAAUGAUCAGAUAUCAAGUUUUACACCACAGAGUUAUGGUGCUCAAUUUUUAAGAGACAAUUUCAACAAAGCAGAGAAAUUGUUGGAUGUUGCAGACGACUCGAAGAAGUUGAGUAGUCCUGUAAUUUCGACAAAAGGAAUAGAAUCUUUUAAAUAUUUGAAAUCUUCGCCUCUCUUGGAGAAUGAAUAUUUAAAUCACCUUCCAGCAUCAGCAGAUGACUUCUCUGUAAUCCCCAACACAAUGGAGGGGCAGAGUACAUCUGGUUCCACAGCAAAUGCUGUACCUUGUGCUUGUAAAGAAAGGAAGUGUCGAUGCUGUGCCUCAGAUGACUUCGAAUCUUACUGGAAAACUUACAUGGAAAAAAGUUCGACAAUGCAGUUGUUUACAGGCCUGUCUUUAGGUCACUUGAAUGAUUGGAAUGAGAGAGCCAACUUAAACAUUGAAAUGGAAAAUAGCAUUAAAGAAAUAGAAAAGGAGCUACGACAAACAGGCUUUCACAGAGAAGAAGUGAGCACACCUGUUAUUGCAGAAAGAGAUGAACCAGAGGUAGUUGAACUCUUUCAUUCUGAAAAAGUGAGAAGUGCUGCCAGUGAGCAUAAUAGUCUCACAAGUACUAUCCAAUCUGCCAUCAAGGAUAAAUUUGACUCUGCUCCUCUAGAAGAUAAAGGAUCUCCUGAUAUCACCCAUGAACAACCUAAUGCAGAUGGCACAAUAGACAGUAAGUCAAAGCUACAGAGUAACCCUCUCAUAGAAAACUCAUCAUCAAUCCCUUUUGGAACUGGACAAAAUUCAGAUAUUCUUAGAUUGAAGCUGUGGUAAUUUUUAUUGUUGUUCCCAUCCCAAAAAUUAACAUUUGAGGUGGUUUUGUGUGACUAAUAAUUGUUGAAUGAAUUGUAAUCAUUAGUUUAUAUGACUAAUGACUGAGCCUGAGUUUCAAAUUCCUUACUUCUAUUAUAGAGAAAUUGUGAGGAACAAAAUUUCUAACUCAGACAAAAUUUUAUGUUUAAUCCAGUGAUUGUGACUAAUUAUUAGUGAAACUGUGAUUCCCUACAACCUGUAGGUCUAUUCCAAAUGUGAAGUACAAGUGGUAAAUAAAAACCAAACAAAGAAUA